AUGAAAUCUAAUAGAGUCACACCGGCCACGGUGGGUUCUUCCACACCAUCGAAUGAUAGAUCUAAAAAUAAUUCGCAGAGCAGCAAUAGUUAUGAAUCAUUUUCUUCAGAUGAACAAAAUAUUAUGAAUUCUUUGUCUAAUUCUAACGAUUCAUCAAACUCAUCAUCGAUUUUAGAAAAAGACCAACAUGAUCCAACUCUAAUAAGACAGAUUAAGCAACUUGCUUUAAGAAAAGGCCGCAAUACAGAUUUAAUUCAAGACCUAGUUGAUGGAAGGAUAUUAGUUUUAUCAAGUUUCGCUAUUAAACUUCCAAACAAUGCAAAAUCUAUCAAUCCUGAUGAUUAUUACCGAAAAUAUGCUCUUAUCUCUCAUCCAUGUCUCGCAUGUCCUCACGGCGAGUAUUUAUUUGAUUUCUCUGAAGCAGGCAGUAUGAGGUAUAUGAUGCCAUAUUAUUUAAAAGGCUCUUUAGGUAAUAUUUUGCAACUAGAGUCUCAAGGCAAGCAUCCCUUCCAAUGGACAUCUACAGCCAAAUCCAUAUGCUCCUUUGGCAUUUUGGUCGGUCUCAAAGGUUUACAUCUUAAAAAAAUUGUUCACGGCCUUUUAAACCCAAACAACAUAUUACUUAACCGCAAACUCGAACCAAAGAUCUCAGAAUAUUGGAUGAGCGAACUUUACGAUAAAGAAUCCAUUGAUAUGGAAUACGAUUCCAAUUUCAUCGACAAAAGCACUUCCCAAGGCGAAUUCAACGACAUUUACUCAUACGGUGCAAUACUUGCCUGUCUUGCUACCAAAUCCCAGUGCUUUUCUCCCAAUCUUUUGAAUGAAGAUAUCAAACCAGAGAUAAAAAGCCUAAUUUCCAAAUGUCUCGACGAAGAACCAUCAAAUAGACCCAAGAUCGAAGACAUCCUGAGCAGCUUCGUCAACGGGAGCCUCUUAUUUGAAGGCACAAACCCUCAACAAUUCAUUUCUUAUGCGAAAUCACUAAAUGGCGAAAAAAAUUUAGUGAACAACUACGUUCCCAGGCCCAUUCCAGCCUUUGUCGACGUCAAAGAAGUGACAGAGCGCGUCAAAGAGAUAGCAGAACAAGGAGAUGCGCGUUGUCAAUUCUUAUUUGGCUGUUUCAGACGCGAAGGUGUUGGAAUUUCCGUCAACAAGAACGCAGCACUCAAAUCAUUCAAAGCAGCAGCUGACCAAGGCAUUCCUGAAGCCCAAUACUUGGUUUCCAUCAUCAUGGGAGCGAAACCGAAGAACCAGAACAUCAGACAAGAAGCAAACAAUUACUUGGUCGAUGCUGCAGACAAUGGUUUUGUUGAUGCGCAGUACAGAUUGGCAGGAUUUCUUUACACAGGACAGAAUUUCCCAAAGAACUUCGAGCUGAGUGAAAAAUACUAUCUUUUGGCUGUCGAACAAGGCCAUUUGGAUAGUUUGUUAAAGCUCGCUGAGAACUACCAAAACAAACAGUUCCCUGGCGGUGAAGAGAAAGCAAAGAAAUACUACAGAUUGGCCGCUCUCCAGGGAAACUCUGACUCCAUAUUUAAAUACGGAAAUUACUUAGUAGAAGAAGGAAAACUCGAAGAAGCAAGUGAUUUCUUGAUCAGAUCUGCCGACCAAGGAAAUAAUUCUGCAGAAAUACUCUUGGCGAAACUAAUUAUCGAAGAGAAAAUAGACGUUGGACAGGCAAAUGCCAUCAAAUACAUUAAAAAGGCUUGUGAUUCAGGUGAUGAAUUCGCUAAAAGAAAAUAUUGUAAAAUGGCCGCAUUAGGUGAAGUGAAGUCACUUUCAAUUGAAGACACCAUUAAAUACAUAAAGAUGGGAACAGACAUUGGCGAUGAGACGUGUUUAUUGAGAUACGCUGACUUGUUAUUAGAUGGAAAAUACGUCCAACACGAUGAAAACAAAGCGAUUGAAUGUUUCAAGAGGAGUUGGAAAGAGCACAAUAACGCGGAUUCCGCUUUUAGAGCUGCCAAGAUAUAUAUUAAUAGAAAAGGAAAGCCACCGCAAGAUUUGUUGGCAGCUGCAGCUAAAGCAGGAAUUACUGAUGCGCAGUAUUUAUAUGCUGUUAAUUUCCUCGAAAAAUCAGCAAGAGCGAAUAUGCUUCAACAAGCUGUUGAUGGCGGACAUCUUUUGGCGCAAUACGAUCUUGCGAACUACAAGCUGAAGACAGGACACAAACAAGAAGCGUACAAACUGUUGGAAGACGCUGCGAAUAAAGGAAAUGUCGAAGCAAUGUCGAGAUUCGCAAGAUUAGGAUUGAAUGGAAAAUUUGACACAGAAGAUGAUGAAGUUUUCAUCGAAUGGCUUAAGAAAGCAAGCGAUCUUGGAGACCCGCGCGCACAACUUAAGUAUGGACAGAUGCUUAUGGAUGGCGACGGUGUUGAAAGAGAUAUAGCUCUUGCUGUUACUAACUUCGAAAAGGCCGCUCAAUUUGGAAUUGCACAAGCGAAUUUCGAAUUGUCAUAUAUUUAUGAAAGAGGAUUACUCGGAGAAAGAGACGAAGAGAAAGCCAAGAAGUACAAAGAGAUGGGUAAUAGACUCCAGGGAAGAAUGUACAGAGACGACUACACAGAACAAGAUAUCGGAUCAAGACCAAGAGAGUUUUAUGAUGACGAAGAAGAAGAAUUUGGUCAGGAAGAAGAUUACGAAGAAUACAGACACAUGGAUGAUAAUGAUGAUGAGGAUUCUGGUGACUACAAAUCUAGUGAACCUAUGAUUUCAAUGCCUACUGAUUUAGAUAUUCACAUUGAUUAA